AUGCAGUUUAUACUCUUCGUCGUGGUGCUUAUUCUACCGGCACUUCAAAGCGGGGGAUUUUUGUUUCCUGCCGGAACUCGCGACGAGUGUGUGGAACUCAUUAUUGCGGGUGGAAUGGUAAAAUGCGAACUCGGGCAAUUGAAUAAUUUCGAAAAUUAUGAUACUCGAUCGUGCGAGUUGAUAUGCAAUGGUGGUAGGCUGCCUAUGCCAAGGGUAUGCUACGGCAAUAAAGUGAUCUGCACUUCAACCGCGAGAUCAACUCUUUUAGCUUGGAAGCAGGACUUGGAGAAGACGAAAUCAAGAAUUAUCGAUGAAUGGUGCCCUCGUUGUCAAGGGAAGUAA